AAGCGGGCUGCGCCGCUCGUGUACCCGCAGCCCGCCGCGUGUAAACGUGUGUGUGCAAAUGAUUCUGUUUUUAUGGCGCUCAUAUAUCAACUACUGCGAGUUUUGGUGCUGGGUGUGACCGCGGCGGCUGUCGACGAUGUCCCGAUAACAUGGUCACAGUCGGUACGAAACGCGUCACUGCCGUGUGUAGUGCCGGAGUGGACGCGCGUCCAGCCGCGACGGCCGCCGCCGCCGCUCGAUGACGACCUAGUGCGAUCCAGGCCUUACACAUGGUUCAGAGUUACUACGACACGGGAGGACGUGAUCACUAAGCGGAUCUCCCACAAUGGCACGCUAGAGGUGGUCCGCAAGAAUGGCGGCAGCACGGAGGGCGUGUACCAGUGCGCGGCGUCGCACCAUGGCGGGGUUGUCCUGGGCUACCCUGUCAAUCUCAAGUUUUCCUUUAUCGGCAAGCAGUUCUCGAACCCACCGUCGGACACGACAGCGUAUUUAAACCAGCCUACCUCCAUACCCUGCCGCAUCAGCUCUGGUCCUGCAGCCUCCAUAUCCUGGCUAAAAGAUGGCAGGCCUCUUCCACAAAAUCAAAGGUAUUUCCUAUUGGAGAGCGAGCUACUGAUCAUAGAUGUGCAAAACGAAGAUGCAGGAGCAUACAGAUGCAUAGCAACCAACCCCUACGUAAACAAAAGUCGGACCAGCUCGGAAGGUCGAGUGACGGUCAUAGACUCCAAAGAUGAAGAGCCAUCGUUCCUUGCACUUCGCGUGGAGGACAACAUCGCGGUGCCCCGGAGGAGCCGGGUCGUCCUCCCCUGCCCCGUCAGAGGCUGGCCUAGACCUAAAUUAAGAUGGGAGCUAACACCUCCAGGGGAGAAGACGAGCGAACUGGAGACAACGGAGGAGGUCCUGGUGCUCAACAACCUCGAGUACGACCAAGAGGGCGUCUACACUUGCUCGCUUGAGGACUAUCUCGACAUGGUUAAGACAUUCAACGUAACCCUGACGGAGCCAGUCGCGAUAACUCUACCGCCAGUGUCGAAGGACGUGACGCGAGCGAGCACCGUCCGGUUCAACUGCACAGCGUCUGGGAAGCCAGAGCCGAAUGUGACGUGGUACAAGAACGGGGAGAAACUCACUUUGGCUGGACGGAGAAACCUACGAAGUUCAGUAGAUCGUAAACGCUUGGAGCUGGUGAUAAGCGGAGUUACUUCCGACGACGCAGGUGUAUACCAAUGCUUCGCGUGGAAUGGGCAUUCGAUGGCAUCGAAAUGGGCGCGCCUCAACGUAACGGGUGCAGGGGCGGAUGCGCCGCGCGCGGUCACAUGCGCGCCCGCCUCCGCUGCGGCCGUGGCCCUGCGCUGGCUGCCGCCCGCCGAGCAGGUCAUGGCCUACACCGUCGACACCACGCCCACCGAUAAACACGGAGGAGCGAUCACGGGGCAGCCUCACACCAACACCGAAGAGAUCAUCAAAGUUAGAGAGCCGCUAACGCCAUACCUUUUCCAAGUCCGUGCAUACAUCCCGGCGUCAGCUAAAAAGAAUAUUGCAAGCGACAUGUCGGAAAGCGUGCUGUGCCAAGGGCAAGGGGUGCCAAUAAAGCUGUCGAAGUUAGAAGACGACAAGAUCCUGGUAUCAUGGAAGCAGUUCGCAGAACAGACCCCAGGCGUUGUGCAGUGGAUCCUGCAGUACAAGCCUGAUGAUGGUACUGGGGAUACGCAGGAGCAUAACAUCACGUUGGCAGCCCAUGUCACUAACUAUACUUUGAUGGCUCCUGAAUCUGAACCACUAAGAGUAAGGCUGCUGGGCUCCAAGACCUUGGAGUGGCUGCCGCAGAACUUAACGCUGGUUCCGUGGACGUCCACCAGCGCGGCCGGACAGGACACCGACGAUGGUGAAGUGAAAGUGAUUCCUCAAGACCUGGAGGUAACUGAAGUGAGUGAGAGGAGUUUCACACUGCGCUGGCGGUGUGAAGACUCCACGAGAUAUACGUUCCUGGUCUGCGUGAGGAGGGUAGACGGGAACGACGACUGUCAAGAAAGUUACGAGACCAGUACAAAAAUAGAAGGACUACAACCAGAUAGUAAAUACGAGGUUCGAGUGCAGGUUCGAGUCCCGGGCAGGGCGCUCGGGGGAGCAUUUACUGCUCCUUAUUUUGUCACCACACUGUCUAAAGGACCCCAUCGUUUCAAAGACCUGAAGUACAAGUACAUCAACGCGAGUACAAUUCGCGUAUCAUGGAGCGAUGCACCGGCGCGGUACACCGUCUACCACAGCGCAGAACUCAAGCUGCCAGUCGAGCAGUGGGCCGCUUUGGAGAUCGUGGGCAAUACUGUACUUAUCACAGGCAUUGAACCGACGGAGGAGACGUUUGUUAUGGUGACGGGAUACGAGCCUCUUGGGCACAGCCCGAUACUCAAUGUGCCACCACAAGUUAGGAAUUUAGAGGACAAAGAUCUAAAGUACGCUUACACGAGUUCGGGAGUGUCUGUGUGGUGGAACGGUACUGGCCCCAGAGUGGUGCGGUUCACGCAGAACAUCACGCAGCCGGUCGAGAACUGGACCACUGUUAACGUCACUGGCACUAGUGUUGAGCUAAACAACCUGAACGCGGGCCCAGUAUUCGUGAUGGUGACAGCGUUGGGCGGCGAGCGGCGGCGCUACCCCACCGCGCUCACCAUCCCGGAGCGACCUCCCAACCACUACUACUACUAUUUAGGUAUAGGAGUGGGGUGUGGUGCUUGUGCACUGUGCGCAGUGGCUGGUGGAGCACUGUGCUUGUGGCGGCGUGCUAAGGCUAAACGCACACCGCAACGGUCGCGUAGAACACACACAACUACAGCUGAAGGGAACGAAGAAGAAGGUUCUGAAAUGAGGAUGGCGCGCGUGGCCAACGGCGGCGCCGGCGAGCCGCUGCUCAAUGGACACGUGCACAUCACCGAGAAUCCUGCCUCCAAAACACCGAACGGGAGGCUGAAGAAAGCUCGCCACUACCAGCCGCCGCACUUCGACGCCUUUGACGUGUCGCGACACGAGCCCGAUACGACCGUCGAGACCGUGCUCGACGACACGACCGCCUUCAGCCUGCUCGACACCUCGCGACAACCGGAGCACGGCCUCUCGCGGCCGACCAACCUCAGCCCAAACAACUCCUUCAACAAACUCCCCGACGAUAACAUGAACUCUGAGCUAACCAGAAGCACCGAAUUCCAACUCGACAACAGCAAAAUUCAGCCCACGCUUCAGCCUAACGGUUGAAACCCAUUCCGACACGAGUUAAAUAGAACUACAAGGGGACAGGCGCCCCGAGCCGGGUUGCGAAUGGAACCCGACACCCCGUAGUUAAGGCAGGAUAGAAUGAGAUUUUAUGUACAGAACUUCAUUUAUAGAGUAGUCGGAGUCACGGGGUUGAGGCUGAAUCGAUUUGCGCGAGGAUAGCUUGGCGUGUAUUUGUUCCUAAUAGACUUUAUUUUCAACGACGUAAGGCUGAUUUUUCGGUAAACAAACAGUACGGGUACCUUGUAAUUUAGCUGUCAAAAAUAAUAGACACGUAAAGUUAUUCUCGCUCAAACUCUUAACGCAAUAGGAGUAAAGUCCAUUUUUUAAAGAUCACCCUUUCGAUUGUUGCUUAGAGAAUGUAAAUACGACAUUUUUACUGCCUUUUAAGGCGUGUAUAUAGCGUUGAUCGGCCUGAGAUUAUAAGCAUCGAGACAAUAAGGU